CAAGAGUGCGCUGCAGGUGCGAGAGCGAGGCAGCCCACGCACAGCAGCAAACCCCAAGACGAUGGGCGGCCGCCGCGGCAAGGGCGGCAAGCGCCGCGGCGCGCCGGCGCUGGCCUUUUGCGGCGUCGACGAGGGCCUCACCCUCGACGAGUACGUGGGCGCCGCGUCGACCGAGCACCACGUCUCGACGCCGGGGCCCCAGUCGCCGCUCAAGUCGCCGCUGCGCGCCGCGCCGUCGCCGCCGAAGCGCCGGUCGCCGCUGAAGCCGCGGUCCGCGCUGCUGCCGCCGCUGUCCAAGGGCGAGCGGCGGCCCAAGUCCAACAAGAGCGUGCGCUUCACGCCCGGCACGGCCGGCAGCGUCCUGUCGAGCGACGACGAGCCGGAGGACGUGCCGGACCCGUCGAAGAUCUGGGCCAUGCCGCCGCCGCGCAAGUUCGACUACGAGUGGCGCUUCAACGCGCCCGCGAAGGUCCUCGUCCACGGCGUCGACAUCAACGCGCGGCCGGGGCCCGUCGCCGAGGCGCCGCCCGCCGCGGAGCUGAGCAUGAUGAACCCCGUCGUGGCGCCGAACCAGGUCUCGCUCGCCGAGAUGCGGCGAAGGCGCCGCGUCGAGCGGACGCGCCGGACGCUCCGGACGCCGUGGCUGCCCUCGCACGGCCACGUGCGGCGCGCGCCCUACGCGCCGAACGGCACGUACCUGUUUCCCACGCCCUCGUCGAACCUCCUGUCGAAGAAGGUCCGGACCCGGUUCGUUUCCCGCGUCUUGUGUUUUUCGUUUGCGCGAGACGUACGCCACGCCCCGCGGACCUCCACGCGGCGAUGGCGUGCACCGCCCGCCGUCACCGCGCUACGCCGCGUCGACGCUCUCGAUACACGCAGGCGGAGAGAGAAGCUCAAGAAGGAGCUAAUCACGCUCGAGUCGGACCUCGUGGGCGGCCCCGAGGUGAGCACCAUGGCCGAGAGCGAGCAGCACGGCCGCGUCCUGGGCGACAUGUUGGACUUGCGGAAGGAACUCAUGCGGACGAUCGCGUCGCCGUGGCACCCGCGGAUGGGGCGGAGGAGGUAAGUUUACUUUUGUUCACUUUCUGUUGAUCGCGUCGGCGGCGUCGCGGCGGUGCCGUGGUAUCCUCAGAUCUGGUGGACUAGGAGUCGUUUCCGUGACAGAGCGGAUUGCGCGCGGCGUCCUGCGCAUCACGGCGACGGCGUGCUGCUUUCGCGUCGCUUCCCGGCCGCGGCGACGGCGUGGAGUGAUGUCGGGGCGGUGCGUUGAGGUCGCACGCAAUCGACGCGCCACGCCGCUGCGUCGCCGCAGAAGAGAAAAGUAGGGAAAU